AUGGCCAAGGAGGAGGCUCCGACGCCAGUGGCGGAAGGUCCCUCCCUGCUGCUGGAGCUGGUGAGCUCCCCUCUGAACCUGAGCCUGCUGGGCCGCUGCCUCUUUCUGCUCUUCCAGAUCCUGCGAGGCAGGGACCAAGGAGGAGGAGGCCAGUGCCCAGAGGACGAAGAGCUGCCUCUGCCACCGAAGCUCAAGCGCUGGGACUUCAACCUCUGGCAGCUAUGGCCCUUCGAUGGCUGGCAGGAGCCCCGCAUCCUCAUGGCCUUCAACGGCAAGGUCUUCGACGUCUCCCGCGGCAGGAAGUUCUACGGACCAGAUGGCCCUUAUGGGAUAUUUGCUGGAAGAGAUGCCUCCAGA